AUGGAAAUUGCAAGAUCAAGAAAGGGCAUUUCUGUAUCCCAAAGAAAGUACACUCUCGAUCUCUUGGAAGAAACUGGUUUAUUGGGGUGCAAACCAGCAAGUGUACCAAUGGAACCGGGAAUUAAAUUCCGAACAGAAAGCGAAGAUGAGCAGGUAGACAAAGGAAGAUACCAAAGACUAGUGGGAAAAUUAAUAUAUCUUGCACACACAAGACCGGACAUCGGGUUUGCUGUAGGUAUGGUAAGCAGGUUCAUGAAUGCCCCUACAACAAGGCACAUGAAAGUUGUUUUUCAGAUUCUCCACUACUUGAAAAAAAAUCCUGGAUAUGGAUUAUUGUUUAAAAAGACCGGUGAGAGGGGAGUAAACAUUUAUACAGAUGCUGAUUGGGGAGGAUUUUGUGUAGAUGGACGAUCAACUUCAGGCUAUUGCACGUUUGUGUGGGGCAAUCUGGUGACUUGGAGAAGUAAGAAGCAGUCCGUGGUGGCUAGAAGCAGUGCUGAGGCUGAAUUCCGAGCAAUGUGUCAAGGAAUCUGUGAAGGAAUAUGUAUUCUCUCCAUCUCUUCCGUGUUCUACAGUAGAGUCACUGAAAUCAUUAGCAGCAAUCCCUUGCAGAUAUGGGAUAAACAAAGUCGGUGGCAAGUAGUAAAGGCUCUCGGGUAUUACUUUGAAUUGUUGUCAAAAUGGGCAUAUUAA